CACUGAGAUUUGCUGGACUACACUGAUUGACGUUGUUUUUCUGAAAAUAUUGUCACAAAUGUUAACUUUUUUCAGAUAUUCUUUAAAAAAUGUGUAAAAUUGCAUAUAAAAAUAUACUUACGUAUGUGUUACACAGUUUAUAUGAUUGAGACCUAAGUAAGCACGGUGUUUUAGACAGUGUAGCAGGAGUUUGCUUAAUCAAGUUGCAUGCAAGAAGGAUCAUGACAUGCACAAAGAAAGUGGAACCUGCAUAAGGGAACAUAACAGUGUUAUUAUGGAUGUACCUUGUAAAUUUAUUACACAGUUAAUACAAGUAAUAAUCCAGAAACACAGUUAUUAAUUCCUGAUUCAUGGUGAUAGUUUUAUCAUUUUAGUAACAAACCUUUUUUUUUUUUAACUCUAAUAAUGCCUUAAUUAUUAAUGAAUUCUUGAAGAGUUUUGUGAAGAUUUUUAUGCUGUAACAUAUGUGCUGCUGUUCAUUAUAAUGCCAUGUGUUAAUGCCAAUUUAAUCACCUGGCGUCUUAAUUCUCAAUGCUCUUUUUUAUCUGAAAGUGUUGAUUACUUUGAAAAGCAAAUUUCUCUAAAUUUUCUAAAUUUACCAGUAGCUCUGACAGUAGUGUGCUGGCUGCAAGACAAGUAAUUAUCUAGAUACCUAAAUGCAUAUGUACCUCGCAUUUAAAGUCAUCUAGUUUUCAAAUUGAAGGUAAAAUUCACCUACCUGCUAAAUUCACCAUGUUGCCGAAGUCUCCUAUAUGCUGAUACCUUGUCAGUUGUGUCUUAAAUAUCUUUGUAUGCAUGUUUUCUUAUUUAUAAUCAAGUAGGGGGAAAUACCUGAAUUGAAGGGAUGUGCAAUGCUUGUGUGAGAUAAAAAUCUGCUAAAAAAAGCACUCUGGUGGGAAUAUGGUUUAAUCAGUCAGCAAUAAUGUCUUCAUUUCACAGAUAGAGAGACCCCAAGACAUCAUCACCACAAAAUCUGCCUAUAGUCUUAGUCUAGGUAGAUUUUAUAGUCUUAUAUAUAGUAUUAAAUAGAUCAUUUUAUAGGUUUAUAGAUUUGUUUUUCAAUUAAAAUAUUUAUCAAAACCAAGAUUCUGUAUAACUUUUAGGACUGUAAGAAAUACUACAGCACAGUGUGCUUGCAGAAUUUGCUGUUUGAGUUCUACAUUUUUACAAAAUAUUAGUUCCUGGGUUGAUUCUUGGUACCAGCUAUUAAUCCUUCCUUACAUAUCACACAGCCAAUGGAAGCCAAUGUCCGUUGCCUGGCAACCAUUCACAACACAACACAGCACAGAGAGACUCUUUACUGAGAAGAAAUGCAGAAGAUUAACCACUAUUGAAAUUUUACCAUAAAAGUAUAGGAAAAAUAUCAAUCCUUGUCUUUGUUUUGCUCAUGAGCCUGAUGGACUGUCGUACACUCACGUCAGCCAUCGACAAGCUUAUUCAUGGCCUGUGUUUGGAAAGUUUCCCGUGUGGCAGAGUGAGCUGGUCAAUGUUAAGAGGCUCUGAAGUCUGGCAUGAUGACGAGUGCACAGGUGCACAGAUAGAGGAACCAGACACCCUCCAUGACCUGCUUCGAUGUCCACUAUCAUUAUGGCAUAAGGAGGCAUCAUGGAGUCCUCAGGCCUUAGUCUUGAGAGAACUGGCUGUGAAGUCACCAGAGAAACUGAACACCAAAUUGAUACGUUCAUCCUUCACAAGUCUACGGAUCGUGGAUAAAGGGGUCUCGGUUAUUGACGAGGGAUUGUUGAUGUUCAGUUUUCUGGAAGAGCUCAUAUUAACUGUUAACAACAUCACUAAGGUUCCUUCAAAGAACCUUCCAAAGACACUUAAGGUUCUUGAACUUUAUGGCAAUCGGAUUUCCACUCUCAAGAGUCUGGUCACAGACCUUCCUCCUUAUCUCCUGCAUUUAGGCCUUGGUAACAACUUUCUUGGUUCUCCUGAAGACCUCCAGUGUUUUACUGCUGAUCUUUGGCCUCAACUGAUAUCCCUUGACUUGAGUUGGUCUGGAUAUACAAAACAGUAUGCUCUUGUGGAUGCACUCUCGCGACUGCCUCGCCUACGGAGUUUAGUUUUAGAGGGAAAUCCUCUAACCCUAACCACCUUGUACCCGGGCUUUACACUGGACAGCUUAGUUCAUUUGCUCUACCUAGACGGAAAUCAAGUAACACCAGAUGACCGACAUCGCUUCAGUGGCCUUGCCCAACUCAAAGCCUCAGUCUCUGAGGAAGCGGAGGUGACUGUGUGUGUUAAGAAGAUGAAGGGUGUUCCUAACUUUACUUUGCUGUCAGAUGGCAGUGCAGUUGAAUUCCCCCUGGUUAGCUACAGCUACUCCGUCUCUUAUGAAUUUCUUGAUGAAGCUCAGUUCGAGAAAAGUCAGAUUCAUGCUGAUUGCCAAACAUUGGAAAAUACCCCACAGAAUUUACAAGAGAAUAGGAGCGUAACACAAAGUCCAUGGAUGUCAUCAGAUGAUCAAAAUCACGCCUUCAGCAUUCCUGUUGCAAUGAACUGGACAUCACAGCAAGAGUGGGCUGAAGUAAUUAACUUUAAUUAUACAUGUGUACACCGCAUCAGAGACCUCAGAGCUCUCAAGAACUUUAUUCUCCAAGGCCUUUGGCUCACUGUGGAAGAGCAGAAGGUUUUGUCCUGGCCUGCACCCAAUGCUGAAAACACUGGAAUCAAAGCAUCAUCAAACAAGAAAGAAAAAGAGGUCACAAUAGCAGGAACAAAAUCAAAAGAUAAGAAGAAAAAAAAAGAGUCAGAGCUCAAGCUGAUACAUGAACAGCCUAUCAAGCAAACCCUCGGGUCAGUACAUGUAAAGCUGAAAGAUUUGUUGGUCAGAAAGUAUCAAACUGAAGUGGAGUGUGACUUUGGGGUGCAUCACUCAGGUCAAGCCAUCAUCUCAGCAGUCACCCAGGUAAAGGAGAAAAAUAUGACGCCUAAAGAAGAAAACAAGAAAGAUAAGAUACUAAAGCCGACUUCAUUAAACGGGAAAGAAAAAGAAUGUAAUGAGAUUGUGCCUGAUGUCUCAGCUGAUGAAAACAACCCAUCCGGGAUGGAGCCUCUAACUGUGGAGUUCAGCAUCCGGUUGGACAAAAAAACCUCAGAACCACGACAAUUUAUCUAAACUCAACAAAAGAGGCCUUUAUGCAGUGGAAGACACAUAUCGUUCAGCAGUGGAUUUUUCAUCACCCAUGUGUGUAACUGUAUUGUAUACUGAAAUCAUUAUAAAUAAAUGAAUAAAUAAAUAAAUAAAUAAAUAAAUAAAUAAAUAGUUUCCAGACACAAAUUCAGAUGACAGGACAAUGUAGCCUGCCUACAUGGAUUUUCACUGGGUUCUCUGGUUUGCCCCAUCAGGGGUGCAUUUCCUCCACAGAACCAGUUU